AUCACGUGACAAAGACCCGGAAGCGUAGCUAAUUCAAAAUGUCGCAGCAGGGAAUUACGUGCUGGUGAUUUUCUUGCUUUUUUCUUCUGUCAAUAAACAAAAAACAUAAAAUGCAAACUCACGACAAGAUAUCUGUGAGUUCCGUGGCAGGAACUGCGCCUGAUUUCCGAGGCAAUGACGGUUCUCUUGUGUCUGUGCUGAAGACACUGCUGUUUUUCACUAUACUGAUGAUAACUCUACCCAUCGGACUGUAUUUUGCAUCAAAGUCUUUUCUCUUUGAAGCCUCUCUAGGUUACUCCAGCAAUGACAGCUAUUUUUAUGCUGCCAUCGUUGCUGUGCUUGCAGUGCAUGUGGUUCUGGCACUCUUUGUUUACGUUGCAUGGAAUGAGGGGUCACACCAAUGGAGAGAGGGGAAACAGGAUUAAUCAAAACUGGAUGCAACAGAGAGAAAGUGAGAGGGAAAUGCACACAUGCCACUUUCUCAUACACAUUCCUAAACAUGAAUACAAUAAUGGAGUGAAAGCCUGUGUGUGUGUGGCAUUUACUUUUCUCCUUAAUGUCUCAGUAUAUCAAAGAGAAGAUGCCAAAAUUGCCUCUUCAUCUCAUGGACUGGUUGUCACCUUUGUGGAGGUCGUGUCAGAAGACGUUAGUUGUUAAUGUGUUUUUGUGCAGGGUUAAUACAGGACAGAAGAAAGCCAAAGUUAAAACAAGCUCAUGUUCUUAUGAAAGUUCAUUGUUCCUGCAGUGUUACUAUCUGACCCAUUUCAGCAUAGUCAAUUGUUGAAUCCAACUCUGGAAUUAAAAUCUGUUGAUUUUCAUGUAACACAGUGAAACGGAUGCUUCUGAUCUGUGAUAUGAACUUCAAAAGAACUAAGCUGAAGCUAAUUUCAGUCUGUUGCACUGUAAUCUUUGGCUCCCUGUAUGAUUUUAGUGUCUUCCUAUGUUAUUUUAAAUACAUUAAAUCUAGUGUUUUGUGAUUGUGUUUUUCCAGAUUGAUUUCAUGUUAUUUAUUAAUUAACAUUGUUCAGUAGAACCCAUAGAACCAUUCUUGCUGGAAAUACACACUCCCAAGCCCAAAGAGUAAAUGCCUGAGUAAAUUUCCUUUUUCUUUCUUUUUUUUUUCUGUAAUUAUGGAUCAAUGUAUCCAGUAGAUAAAUUCUUCACCUGCCCUCCAAACACACUAUUCUUUGUGCCCCUCAUUAGGUUCUCCCUUUGACAUGAACAUUAAACAGAACUUACUGGGUAUGUUUGACUUAACACAAGUUUGUUUGUUUUUUCUUGCAAGAGCAAAGUCAAACGGGAUUAGGUUUUUCAUGAUUUUGAAUGGCAAAUCAAGUCAUUUUCGCCUAAGUUAUGAAAAAAUCAUAAUUAUAAAACAACUCAACAUCAUAUGGUUCUCUAGGGGUUUUCAAACUGGGGUCCGGGGGUGCUAGGGGGUCUGCAAAACAUUUUAGAGGGGAAAAAAAAGUGUAAAAAUGUUGACAUUAUUUGACAUUAUUAAUAUUCUGAAAUUAUUUGAUAAAUCAUGAUUAUUUUAUUGUAUUCACAGCCAUAGUAAGAAAUACAAAUAAAUCAGCAUAUCAUUUCA